GGAGGUGUCAGCCCAGGCUGGGAGGCCCCUGAUGGAUUCUGGCUGAUUUCAGGCAAGGGAAGUGGGUUUUGAACCUGGCUUUGCUUUAAGGGAGGUGUCUCUGAAGGGAUAAAGGUGCCAGGGGAGGAUCAGAGGAUCCCAGACUGGUUUGGGUUGGAAGGGACCUUAAAGCUCAUCCAGUGCCAGGGAUGAGAGUUUGAGUUACAGGUUAGGAGGAGUUAGAGACUAGGAUGAGUUUGGGUUACAGGAUAGGAUGAGUCUGAAUUACAGGUUAGGAGGAUUUUGAGUUACAGGUUAGGAGGAGUCUGAGUUACAGGUUAGGAUGAGUCUGAGUUACAGUUUAGGAUGAGUUGGAGUUAAGAGAUUAGGAUGAGUUUGAGUUAUAGGUUAGGAUGAGUCUGGGUUACAGGUUAGGAGGAGUCUGAGUUACAGAUUAGGAUGAGCGAGUUACAGGUAAGGAUGAGUCAGAGAUUAGGAUGAGUUUGAGUUAUAGGUUAGGAGGAGUCUGAGUUACAGGUUAGGAGGAGUCUGAGGUGGGACCAUUCUGCAGAUGAAAUACUUGCUUUAUCUCUAAGCUGUGACUUUUCUUUCACCUCCUUUUGCAUUUCCCAAAGACAGACUGGUUGUGUUCUGCCCCUCUGCAUGAGCCCCCACUGAAUGAAUGAUUUCUGUGCCUAAUUCCCUUUUUCCCUGUGUUUUGUCUCCACCCUGUGCACUCCAGAGCCCGCUGAGUGCUCCUUUCCUCCCUGCUGCCCCAGUAAAAACCAGCCUGCCAACUGGUGCUCAGCCCCAAGUGCAAACCCACCCCCAGGGCCAAAAGAGACGCUUCACCGAGGAGCUGCCCGACGAGAGGGAGUCGGGACUGCUGGGAUACCAGCAUGGACCCAUUCAUAUGACUAAUUUAGGUACAGGCUUCUCCAGUGCGAGCGAACUCGAGGGAGCCGGGGCCAAGGCAGCAAGUUCCUCAGGAAAGGAGAGAGAGAGGGACAGGCAGUUGAUGCCUCCGCCGGCGUUUCCCGGAGUGAAAUCGGAGCCUGAGGACAGGAAAGGUGCGGGGGCUGUGCCCGGCAGCCACGAUCCUCAAGCCAAGAAGCUGAAGGCUGGCGAGAAGGGCUUUGGGCUGGUGGCCUACGCCGGGGACUCGUCGGACGAGGAGGAGGAACACGGCGCCCACAAAAACGCAAGUACCUUUUCACAGGGCUGGAGUCUGGGGUACCAGUACCCCUCCUCCCAACAGAGAGCCAAACAACAGAUGCCCUUCUGGAUGGCUCCCUAAAACCCGCACAGGAAUUUUGGUUUGGUUUGGUUUUUUUUGGUUUUUUUUUUUUGGCAUCCAUCUGGGUUUUUUCCUCUCCUAGCAAUAAUUGCAUGGAUAUCCCAGAACGAACUGGGCAAAAAAAAAAACAA